AACCUGUAAUCCAUUUAUUUCGUCUUGUUCACUUUCUUUGUUUGCUACCAGUCUGCAACUGAGCUAGCGCCCGCAGGGAGGAGGGCAGCUGCGCGGAUUUGGCACCCUCCGCCAAUGUUACUGGGCGGCGGUGCUCGAAUCACACAGCCGUGGCGGGUUCAUAGUCCACUCUUCAGCCUCUCUCAUCAUCUCUGCAUCAACCCCAAGGUCUCAAGUCCUCUGAAUGGAGAAUGUGACGAUUUCUUACCUUGGUUGGAGAAAAAGGCUGGGGCUAAGAUUUCCUCAGUGCUUUCAAUUGGGAAAUCCGCCUACGGCAGGUCAUUAUUUGCUUCUAAGAUCAUUCGAACUGGAGACAGUAUAUUGAGAGUUCCCUAUGAUGUGCAAAUAGCUCAAGAUAAUCUCCUUCCAGAAAUCGGAGCUUUGUUAAGUGAUGAAGUUGGAAUUACUGCAAAGCUAGCCAUUGUCAUUUUAGUUGAGCAGAUAAAGGGUCAGGAUUCUGAGUGGGCCCCUUACAUUAGCCGCCUUCCUCAGUUCAGUGAAAUGCAUAGCCCUAUAUUCUGGAGUGAAGCUGAAUUAGAUAUGAUCUGUCUUAGCUCAGUAUACCAGGAAACAGUUAUUCAAAAAGCUAAAGUAGAAAAGGAAUAUAUGGCAAUGAAGAACGCUCUGAAGCAAUUUCCUGAAAUUUUUAAAAGCUUCACAAUUGAGGACUUCAAGCAUGCAUAUUCUUUAGUUGCAUCUCGAGCAUGGGAAAGCACAAAGGGUUUAUCUUUGAUUUCUUGAAUCAUGAUGGAAUGUCAAAUUCAAUUGUAUUGAGUGACGAAGAUAAAAAAUUGUCAGAGGUUUUUGCCGACCGCAAUUAUGCUCCUGGUGAAGAGGUACUGAUAAGUUAUGGAAAAUUUCCAAAUGCUACACUGCUGUUGGACUUUGGUUUUACAUUUCCACACAACAUUCAUGACAAGGUUGAGAUUCAAAUGGAUAUACCACAUCAUGAUAUUCUAUGUGAAAUGAAGUUGAAGCUUCUGCAGCAAUAUCGCGUUCGAAACAUCAAAGAUACCAAUGGUUCUAAUUUAUCAGAGAAUUCAUUCACAAUCAAGUUGGUGCUGAUGCUUAGUUUCUUUAUAACUUAUAUAAUGAUGCCACUAGAUGUUACUACAUUAAAAAGAAUGAUAUAAAGUCAUGGAUGUAGAAAGGCCAUUUCCUAUAUGUAUGGAGUGCUUCUCACAAAUCACUCUUUAUUGCUUUCUCUACUUCUAAUUUUUACAAUUAGCACCCAUCAUUAAUUUCAUGAUAUUACGUUAGUCCUACCCAUGUUAGCUUAUUUCUUCAUAACCUAUAUGGCUAUGGAUAAUGAAUCCUCCUACAAGUCAUAUAAUUUAAUUUUCUGAUGACUUCAUUAUAACAUAGGGAAGUUAGGUCUGCCAGAGGAAAAGGGAAGGGUCUUCCACAGUCACUUGUGCUUUUUCUCGUGUUUUAUGUUGUACAUCUUCACAAGAACUAUGUGACUUGGCCAUAGAAGCUUCACAAAGUGAUGGCCGGCUGGCUAGGCAACCUCUGAAAGAUAGAAGGAGAGAAAUCCAAGCACAUAAGAUGCUGCUAAGUCAUAUCAGUCAGCUAAUUGAGAAACAUGAUGCAGCCGUUAAGUCACUUGAUCCUACUAAUUGCCUCUCCACAUGUAAAAGACUAGUUCUUAGGAUGCAAAUGGCUCGAGAUCUCCUCGGUGGUGAGCUUCGUGUCCUACAAUCUGCAGCUGCGUGGUUGAAGAAUUAUUGUGCAUCAUAGUUUUCAACCGUCCACCCAUGAUAAACAAGCCAAAAAUGAUGGGAAAGUGGAGUACAAAUUAGUUCAUCAAAUUGAACUAUAAACUAAUGCAAAAACUUUUUCCCUCUAAAUUGAUUAAUCUCAAUGACAGAAAGACUAAUGAUUGUUCAGGUCCCUAAUUGAUCAUUAAGAGUAUUUUUGGAUCCUCAUGCCUAGUUUGGUACUAAAAUUAAUCAGUCUCCUUAUUUUUCCUUUUUGCUACUCAACUAAUGGGGAACAA